UGGAUGGAGAUCAACGUCGAGUUUCAUUUGUUCGCCCAAUUUCUCCGUCAAGUGGAUGGUGAUGGGGAGGCCUGCAUUGCGAUCCGUCUUCUCACUUUCCCGAGUCCCGGAUACCGAAGCUUCUCACACACGGAGCUCGGGGACCCGGCCCAAGCUCGCCCCAUCCAUCUCAUCUCCAUAUUUUCACUUUGGUCAAGGACCGGGGAUGCGUGUUGAAGUUGGAGACAGAACGCACCGCCACGAAAAGAUGAUGUCAUGUGGUGAUUCGGGCGAAACACCUUUUUUUUCCCCCUUCUUCUCUCUCUCUCUCUUUUGGUAGGGGCGGGUCUCCUGGACGCAAAUGUCUCUCGGCUCCACUGGCCUCAUACGAUCGGUGUCUCUCGCUCCAUCCUUCAUCACCUCCAAUAGGCGGCUGGAGCGACCCUCACUUAAGGCCUACUCGGCGGUCCACUGCGAGUUGAACACACACCACCAUCAACACAGGUCCGUGUGUGAGAGAAGAACUCUACUUAGAUACGCCAUUCGCCACACAGACUGAUUAAUUAGCAGUGGUCAGCGCCAAAGACACAACAAACGAAAACUAGCACCAUCCGCCGACAUCAAAAUAUGGAACAGGCUCCCAAAGUAGACGACCGGUACUCUCAAGUUCCCCAAAUGCCACUUACAGAGUUUGGCGAGGACGGCUUCGAAACAAGAACCCUUUCCGUCUGAUGGUGCACGAUGCCCAGGGGACUUUUCCUACUGUGCGGACACACUUCAGGCGGUCCGAAUCGGGAUGUUGCGAAUGGCCGGAGCAACGUCAUACUGGCUACACAAGGCCAUUUUCCAUUCUCUUUUUGGCUCAACGAUGCAGCGGGCUAUGGGGCUCUGUCUCGGCGCCUCACACUGUUCGGGACGCGGCACACAUGGAUGAUGUGGCUUCAACUGAUGGAGCAGCAUGGGGGGUGGACCUCAUGCUGAGUCUGCCUGAGCAGUCAGCAGUCACAUUCGAGGUACCCAUCUCAUCCCGGUUCUACGACAUCCCGUCCGCCACAGCAAAAAAACACGCUCAAUUCGAUUGCUUGGCCGGAUAAUUCGCCGCCGGAUGGGUACAGAGGUGGUGCUGCUAGAACGAGAUGGCAGAGUACUUUGCCCACGGGUCACUGAAUGAAUGAACGGGUCCGUCCCAACAGUGUGUUCCCUGAGCUUACCCCGGGAUCUUAAGCUCUCCCUCAGUCCAGGCCAGGAUGCCAUGCUCAGUUAAGAUGCGCCGCCGCCAUGAAACAUUGACGCCGCAAGAGCAAUACGACCGGUAACAAUACCGUCGAAGUAGAGAUGACCGUAGGCAAUGGUGUAGCGAAGAGCCGUAGCACUCACUCGGGACAGUAACGAGCCAAGGACAAAGUACAUGGAAUAAUACCCUGGCCUGUGGUCACCAUAGACGAGCUCGAAGAUGUUUUGAUCCAA